GUUUAACACACGCGAAUCUCGCAGUGCCUCAACUCUUUCUCUGUGCGUGAGUUAAGCAAGAAGUGCGCAGCCUGCUACAUCAUAUUAAUGGACUUUUUGCGGCGUGUGUCUGUAGUUGCCACCUUAGCUCCAACACUGGUCUUCCCGCUAUUCAUUGCUGGAUUAAAUAUGAGGUCCACGGGAAGCAGGCCUUCAUAUGCACCCAAAGCAGUAGCAUAUAUAGCCUGUUGUGUUUCUGCAAUAUUGGAAAAGACUUGUUAGUAUUGGAGGAAAUCUGGG